UUCUCAUCCUCAUCUUCAUCUCCAUCCUCAUCUUUAUCAUCAUCAUCAUCAACACCAUUCAAAUGUUUAGAUUUCCUUGCUACCGGUCCAGAGGAUUGGCUUCACAAUACAACGAUAAUCUCUUACCAAAGCCAGCAAACUGUUUGGGUUCACAAAACGUAUCUAGAGAUGAGCCUGAAGGCAUUGAUUUUCUUAAUCAUAAUCGGCGUCUCUUGCAUUGGUAAUUAUCUAAUUGUCAUGGUUAUAAUUAAGUUCAAAAAUUCUCGAAAUUGUACCAACCUGUUUAUCUGUAACAUGGCAAUUGCUGACCUGUUGACCACUCUAAUGUUUGCAUGGGCCUCGUUGAUUGAAAAUCUUUAUCAAAAUUAUGUUCUUGGUCCAAUUUUCUGUAAAAUUGAAACCUCAGCUAAAGUAUUAUUUUUAAUUUCCAGUGUUUUCUCAUUAACAUGGAUUUCGUGUGAUCGUCUAAUCGGGAUAAUCAAACCUUUUAGAAACCCGAUGAAAAAAACUCGAGCCGUUGCCGUUAUGGCCUUUAUUUGGCUUUUAUCCUUCGUUAUCGGGAUUCCCUUUUAUUUUUGGCGUGAAUAUCGUACCCGUCAAUGGUGUGACUACUUAGAGAUUUGGUGUAAAACCGAUGGUCGGAAAAUUGAUGUUUACAUGUUUGUCCUUUUAGCGUUUAUGGUUUAUAUACCGCUCUUCAUAAUGACCUUUUCUUAUUGCCUGGUUAUCGCUAAGAUGAAAAACUUUGAGAAUAAAAUAAGCACCGAUGAGAAUAGUAUCAAAAUUAAACACCGACGGAAAGUGAUCUUAAUGUUAUUCAUCUAUCUAAUCACUUCGGCCAUUUGUUGGAGUCCAUUACAAGUUAUCGUUUUUUACCGUUUCAUUGCAUUCAAAUCAGUCGAUUCGGUUAAACCCUGGAACGAGGAGGCUAAAUUUUGGGCUCAAGUUUUCGCAUCGGCUAAUUCAGCUCUUAAUCCAUUAAUCUAUGGGAUAACUAAUGGUUCAUUUCGUAAAGCCAUUUGUUUACUUUAUCCAAAACUUUCCUGGUUCUUAAGAUUGGACAGUUCAUCUUCACGAUCUCGUCGAGUGACCAAUGGUCAUAAUGGAAACGUUGGAGGAGCCAAUGGACAAACUCGUGACCGAGAUCUCGUUAAAUCAACAUUUACCAUGUCUAAUUGUGGUAAAAAGACUGAACAUCAUGAUCAUAUUAAUCAUCUUAAUCAUCAACUUCAACCAUCAACAAUUAAAACAAUCAGCGGACGAUCAAUUCAAAUGGUUGAUAUUAAUGUAACCGGAUUCAGAGCGUUGAGAGCAAAAACAAAUCAUCAUCAAAUCUAAUCAUUUAUUUAACAAUUAACAGAGAGAAAAAACAAUUAAUUCUGAAAUUUCAUUGAGAAAAUACCCAAUCAAUUAAACUAAUAUAAUUUAAUUAACUAUUAAA